AUGGAUCCCGCCGAAUUUGGUAUCUCAACCCUUCCUCUCCAGCAUCGGUCAUAUGCAGCCAUCUCUUCAGAAGCCUUAGCAAAGACGAAUGUAGGAAAAGUAGCAGUCGUGACAGGAGUAGCUGGAGGAAUCGGCGCAGCAAUCGCGCUCUCCCUCGCCAAAACAGGGGCCACCCUCGCCCUCCUCGACCUCACCUCCUCAAGCCAAGAUGCCACAAAAGCUGCUUGUGAGAAAGAAGGCAUAAAAGCAGUGGCGUACAGCUGCAACGUUGCAGACCUAGAAACUACACGGACAGUUUUCGCGGAGAUCGAGAAAGAUCUGGGGGCUAUUGACAUAUUGGUCAAUAAUGCUGGGAUCUGCGAGAUGCGGCCUUUUGCUAUGAGCACAAUCGAGAGUGUAUGGAGGCAGGUAGAGGUCAAUUUUAAAGGGCCACUGAUAACUUCGUCUCUCGUUCUCCCCGGAAUGAGACAACGAUGUCAGGGAUGCAUCAUCAACAUUGCAUCUCGAUCGGGAACAGUUGACGUCCCUAUGUUUCUUGGGUAUAAUACGAGUAAGGCGGCUGUGAUACGUAUGACGCAGACGCUGCAAAGAGAAAUGGAGGUCGAUGAAUUGGAUGAUGCGAUUCAGAUCUAUGCCUUGCACCCAGGGGGUGUGUUGACUGCUAUGGGUGGGGCCGAAACAGCACCCGAUGUAAAAGAGAAAUACGGAAUAGUGAAAGACGAAGCGUUCUACAAAGAUCUCUUCAAAGACGGCCCCGAAUUAUGUGGCCAAACCUGCGCUUUCCUCGCCUCCGGCCGAGGAAAGGAGUUGCGAGGGUUGUAUCUCGAUUGCCGGCAAGACAUCACGAAGCUCCUUACUGCAGGAAGAGAGUUUCUGAGAAAGAAGCAACUGAAUACACUCAGCGUAAAUUUCUUGGACGGUUAUUGUAACGAGCCUUAG